UAAAGGUCAGACAUACAAGUAAUUAAAACACAAGCUGCAGGAAAACAAAAUUGGAACAUAUGAAAGACAAAGAUAAAUGAUCGACCAAAAAAUGCCAAAAUUGUGGAUUUCAUACGUGAAUAGUAAACAGUACCAAUUUUGAUACCCGCUGGAAAACAUGUGGAAGAAACUUCGUAUACUUUCAAUAGCGCUAUUUAAGACUGUACCUAUACUUUUACUCAUCUGCAUUCUUGCAAACAUCUCUUCCAAUUCUAGUCAACAAUCAAAACUUGUAACAUCAGUUAACAAGAAGUCUUAUGCAAGAGUGCAUACUGAUAAAAGUACUGUUAACUCAAUUGUUUCUCAUACGGUGUCACAAAAAAAUACGAAUUCAGUUUUAGUUACAAACAAUACUUUAAAAGUUCUAGUUAAAAACAAUACCAUAAAAUUUUUAGUUAAAAACAAAACUACAAAAGUUCAAGUUAAAAACAAAACUACAAAAGUUCAAGUUAAAAACAAAACUACAAAAGUUCAAGUUAAAAACAAUACUUUAAAAGCUCUGGUUAAAAACAAUACUACAAAAGUUUUAGUUAAAAACAAAACUACAAAAGUUCAAGUUAAAAACAAUACUUUAAAUGUUCUAGUUAAAAACAAUACUACAAAACUUUUUGUUAAAAACAAAACUACAAAUGUUCAAGUUAAAAACAUUACUUUAAAAGCUCUGGUUAAAAACAAUACUACAAAAGUUUUAGUUAAAAACAAAACUACAAAAGUUCAAGUGAGAAACAAUACUACAAAGAGUACUCAAAUUUACGAUUAUUCAUUUCCAUACCUUCAUGUUCCAGUUCAAGUGUGUAAAUCAAAUGGUGCUAAGUCUGAUCCUUUCUUGCUAAUUGUGGUAAAAUCUGAUGUUAACCAUAUCGCCCAUCGAAUAGCUAUACGAAAUACUUGGGGAGCUUCCUCAAACCCAGGAAUAAAACUGGUUUUCCUCCUUGGAUAUUCACCGUUGCUGAAAUCAUUUAUACAAAUGGAAAGUGACACAUAUAAAGACAUUAUUCAACAGAAUUUUCUGGACGACUAUCAGAAUAAUACAUUAAAAACGAUAAUGGGUUUCACAUGGGUUGCUUCCCAUUGCAGUGAUGCAAACUAUAUCUUCUUUGUAGAUGACGACUACAUUGUGAAUACCAAAUACAUUUGGAAUCAUUUGCAUAGUUUGUAUAUUGCCAGAAAGCGCAGUGUGUUCUUGGGAUAUGUCUGGAAAGAUGCCAAACCUCAAAGGAAUGCUAAAUCUAAAUGGUUUAUUCCAAAAGAUGAUUUUAAGGAUGAUAUUUGGCCACCAUACGCCAGUGGUGGUUCGUUAGUAUUGACCAUUGAUAUUAUUAAUAAACUAUUGACUCAGUUCAAAUUCAUGAAGCCAAUAUUUAUAGAUGACGUAUACCUAGGUAUUGUGUGUAAAGAGUUACAGAUUUCUCCAAUUCAUGAAUCAAGAUUUAGUACACAAUAUCGACCAGAUAGAAUGAAACAUUUAUUUUCAUCACAUGGAUUCAGAUCUCCAAUGAAAUUAGUUGAAGACUGGAACAAGUUCAAAAUCAAAUAUGAUAUGGUACUGUAGUGUCAACUAUCUGUUUAGAUGCCGACUUUAAUAAAUUGUAAUGUAAAAUCUUUGCACAUGAUAUAAAUGUUUUUACCCUAUAUAUUCUUAAUGAUAAAUUUAGGGUCUUUGCAUCGUAAAUGAACACAUUUAUUCUAAAACCAGUUGUUGGCAUGAUACGGCUUAUCUUCUUCUCAUAUAUUUUAUGAUGGUAUGAUACUAAACCACUCACGGGAGGGAUUGUGGUUGAUUUGCAUAUGAUGAAGACAUAAUCUUUCAAUCAGUUUAAAUGAGGUCUGGAGCUGGCAUGUCAGUAACUGCUAGUAGUCCUUUGUUAAUUUAUGUACCAUUGUCAUUUUGCUUAGUUUCUUUUGUUACCUAUUCUGACAUCGGACUCAGACUUCUUUUAAACUGAGUUUUACUGUGCGUAUUGCUGUGUGUUUCUUUAUUCUACAUUGGUUAGAGGUAUAGGGGAGGGUUGAGAUCUCACAAAACAUGUUUAACCCCGCCGCAUUUUUGCGCCUGUCCCAAGUCAGAAGCCUCUGACCUUUGUUAGUCUUGUAUUUUUUUAAAAAUUUUAAUGGAUUUAUAUGUUUUGGAGUUUAGUAUGACGUCCAUUUUCACUGUACUAGUACACAUUUUUAUUUAGGGGCCAGCUGAGGCCCACCUCCGGGUGCGGGAUUUUCUCGCUGUGUUUAAGACCCAUUGGUGGACUUCGACAGUUAUCUGCUCUUUGAUCGGGUUGUUGUCUCUUUGACAUAUUUCCCAUUUCCAUUCUCAAUUUUAAUAUCAAAAACAAAUAUGUUAUUAUCCUUUUUAUCUGCAAUUUUGUCUUAACAAUAUGUUUUGGUGAAGAAUAUGAAAUAAAAUGAAAUAGUUAGUAACAUGCAAAAUGUUUAGAUAGCUGUUCGGUUGUAUGAAUGAAGUCGAGUGCCUUUUAUUGAUAAAUUUACGCGGAUGAACAUGAACGUUUGACGUUCCUGCACUGUUACUUGACAUCAUUGUCUAAUAUUGUCUAGAAUCAGGGCCUGUCCCUGAUAUAGAAAAAUCUAAAGCAGUGUGUUGAAGGGGAAAUUGGUCAAAUUGCCGAUAAUUUAUUUGAUCUAGUACUUGGUGUUUAAAUCGCUUUUCCUUUGCAUAAUAUACAAAGUCCUUUUCUAAUUGCAAUUUCUGUUUUCUUCAUACUGAAUAUCCAAAGAAAAAUACAUGCAAAUUGCAAAGACCAAUCACAAUAUAAGUCAAUAUUAGCACUGAACAUGCUAUAAAGUCUGUAUGCCUUUAUUUUAUCUUUUAAAACUUCAUAUUUUAUUACCUGGAUGCCUUAUAUAUAUAUAUAUAUAUAUAUAACCUAUGUUGCGUUUAAAAUUUUAGAAUUGUACAAGCGUCUAAACUAUGAUGUUCGGUUUAACUGUUUUAUUGUAUAAAUUUCAAGAUUGUUAUAGUUUAAUCAAAGUAGAUUGAUAUGAUUCAUUUGACAUCCAUGGAUCAUAAUCAUACUGAUGAAGGAUAUCUGUUAUCCGAAAUAUUUAUAAAUAAUUACAUUUAUAGUUUUCUUUUUUUGUUAUUGGUGUUGUUUUGUACACUUUUCAGGCGUUUAUAUAAUUUAUUUAUUGAGUAC